GGAACCGAGCCCGCUAUGGCGGUGCGGGCCCGCCGCGCCCCUCGUCGUAACGGGGUGGCAGGAGGUGGAGGUGGCGGCGGCAGCAACGACUUCCAGUGGUGCUUCUCCCAGGUGAAGGGGGCUAUCGACGAGGACGUGGCGGAAGCUGAUAUUAUUUCAACAGUUGAAUUUAAUUACUCUGGUGAUCUUCUUGCAACAGGAGACAAAGGUGGCAGAGUGGUUAUAUUUCAAAGGGAACAAGAGAAUAAAAGCCGUCCUCAUUCUAGGGGAGAAUAUAAUGUUUACAGUACCUUUCAGAGUCAUGAACCUGAAUUUGACUACUUGAAAAGUCUAGAAAUUGAGGAAAAAAUUAAUAAAAUUAGGUGGUUACCACAACAGAAUGCUGCUCAUUUCCUGCUGUCUACAAAUGAUAAAACUAUUAAAUUAUGGAAAAUAAGUGAAAGGGACAAAAGAGCCGAAGGUUAUAAUUUAAAAGAUGAAGAUGGAAGACUUAGGGAUCCUUUCAGGAUCACAGCACUACGGGUGCCAAUAUUGAAACCCAUGGACCUAAUGGUAGAAGCAAGUCCCCGAAGGAUAUUUGCAAAUGCACAUACUUACCACAUAAACUCUAUUUCAGUAAAUAGCGAUCAUGAAACGUACCUUUCUGCAGAUGACCUAAGAAUUAACCUAUGGCAUUUAGAAAUCACAGAUAGAAGUUUUAAUAUUGUAGACAUUAAGCCCGCCAACAUGGAGGAGCUGACGGAGGUGAUCACGGCCGCCGAGUUCCACCCCCACCACUGCAACGUCUUUGUCUACAGCAGCAGCAAAGGCACCAUCCGGCUGUGCGACAUGCGCUCCUCCGCACUCUGCGACCGCCACUCCAAGUUUUUUGAAGAGCCUGAAGACCCUAGCAGCAGGUCGUUUUUUUCAGAAAUAAUCUCGUCGAUCUCCGAUGUCAAAUUCAGCCACAGCGGUCGCUACAUGAUGACACGAGACUACCUCUCUGUCAAAGUGUGGGAUCUCAACAUGGAGAACAGGCCCAUAGAGACGUACCAAGUCCAUGAGUAUCUCCGGAGCAAGCUCUGUUCCCUCUACGAAAACGACUGCAUCUUUGACAAAUUUGAAUGCUGCUGGAACGGUUCCGAUAGUGCUAUCAUGACUGGAUCCUACAACAACUUCUUUAGAAUGUUUGACCGAAACACGCGGCGGGACAUCACCCUGGAGGCCUCUCGGGAGAGCAGCAAACCCCGGGCCAUCCUGAAGCCCAGGAAGGUCUGCACGGGUGGCAAAAGGAAGAAGGACGAGAUCAGCGUUGACAGUCUGGACUUCAACAAGAAGAUCCUCCACACGGCAUGGCAUCCCGUGGAGAACAUCAUUGCUGUAGCUGCCACCAAUAACUUGUAUAUAUUCCAGGACAAAAUUAACUAAAGGUGACUUGCUGGAGGACGGCGCCGUCGUCUUGCAUAGUUGAGCUCGGUUGUUUGUCUGUAACAGAGAAGGCCUCGUUGUCCUCCCGGUGAAGAACAUUGAUGCACUUCCUUCCCCCUAGCGAGAGGCGAGGGCCUGGCCUGGCUGUUGGGUUCCUGGCUGGUUCUGGCUGGUGGGGCCGGGGCGGCCGGCGCAGCUUCCCGGGAGCGACCCUCGAGGGGCAGAACCGAUGGAUGGGGCUCAAUGAGGCCAAUACUCGAAACAAAUGUAUUUAUUGAAGUCUGAGCCUUCCUUUCCAGUUUAUAGACCAAAAAAAUUUAACACCCAAGAAGAAAAAAUUGUCAUAAAAAAUGUACUUUCUAUCUCUCGUGCUCUUUCUCUGCUGUAAUAUUUGGGCCUUUCAAAACAUAUAUUGUGCUUCACGCCUGUAAACAUUCCUCCUCUGCCCGCGGCCGGGCUUCGGUGUUUUUACCUUCGAGCACUUCGGUAGGUCUUGAGUUGGGUUCGUAGACAGGUUUCCAUGGAUAUUUACUCACCAACUGUAUCUAUAACCACACCUUCUGGUGUAAACCACUUAAUAAAAUAACAAGCUAUAAAAAGUGUUUUUAAAUCUGAAGGUAUGUAUUCAGUCUUUUUAUUUUUUUAUUGCAUGUACUGAGAUUGUGCAGAAUAAUCCUGGGGGGCAGAUGUUUAACCUGUUUGCCCCAAAGCGUUGAUUUUUGGCAGACUAAUACAAACAUUUUUAUGUAGUAUUUCGAAUUCUAAAUUUAGAGUUUCCAUGAAAUUGUCAUUUAGUUCGAGUUGCACUGGUUUUCUUGUCCCAUGCUCUCUGUGUAGCAGGCAGGAGACGGAGAAGGUCGGGAUAAACCAUCCAGAGCCUUAACCGGGAGUGACGCCCUGCACGGGGGGGAAAGCCCCACCCCCCGCUGCUUCUCUUCUUCCAAGAUAAAAGUUGAGUUUCUCUGAUGCCUCUCAGUGGUCGAUAGACACAGACCUUAUGUGCAUUAUGGGGUUUUUUUUUAACCUUUUUAGUAUUUGUCAUGAAGAUACCGUUUAUUUUAAAUACUUGGCAUAACUGUUGUGUUUGAGGUUGCGGUUCCAGCCGGUGGGAGCACCGGGAGGGUUGUUCCAGGCAGCAGCUCCGUGGGUUUUACCCCCUUCCCAUGGGACACGGGCCCGGCGCUGGGCUGGGCUGCGCCUGCUCCAACUCUCUUUACUCCAACUUUUUUUUUUAAGCCUUAGGUACUUUUUUUUUCUUCUUCUUCUUUUUCAAAGAGGCCUAAAACACAUUGACCUUCUCUCCCCCAGCCCGGGGCAGGAACCGUCCCCUGGGGCUGCAGGGGGUCUCGGCAGCGCCCAGUGGGUGGAGAUGGGGCUCUGCUCUCACCCCCCAACGCCCCCGCGCUCCGGGCGAAGGUGUGAGCAAACCCUCUCCCUCCUCCCUGCCCGCUCAGGGGGUGCAGCCAAACGCGGGCUUCUAUGGAUACAGUUUAAUUAACAAUCUGAGUCUUGCCCUGUCUGUGGGUUGUGACACUGUUGGGAACUCUCGAGCUGCGGAACCGGGGGGUCAAGACUCGACCUUGUUCCUGCCCCCCCGGCAGAGCGGCCGCAGCGGGACUGUACAUACUUGUUCAGUUAUUUUGACCAAAAAGUUUAAUAAAUUUUAAAUGUUUACCUGGA